UAUCCCUACGCCAAAUUCCUCCCGUCCUAUGACCCCGGGCUCAAGCUCCCCCCGCUGGAGCCAUUCGAGCAUGUCGACCCGGGCCACGCCGCUCUGCUAGACGCCAACCCCCGGUCCUUCCUCGACGGGGCCAAGGAGACCUCGCUCACCCCCAAGUUCGGGUCCGAGAUCGAGGGUAUCCAGCUCAGUCAGCUAGACGCCAGAGCCAAGGGACAGCUCGCGCUGUAUGUCGCCCAGCGAGGCGUCGUCGUUUUCCGGGACCAAGACUUUGUCGAUCAGUCUCCCGAAUGGCAGCUCGAGAGCUGGGGCAAAACCUUUGGCCGGCUCCAUACCCACCCCACCUCUGGCCAGCCAAAGGAGUACCAACAGUUCCACCUCGUCUACCGUGAUGGUGCCGGUGCAGACGGACCGGGCGCCGCCAGCCUCGUCCGCAACUACUAUGCCGACAAGCUCACCUCGACCCAGUGGCACAGCGACGUGACGUACGAGGAGCAGCCGCCGGGACUGACCACCUUGUUCCUCUACGCCACGCCCGAGUCAGGUGGGGAUACCACCUACGUCUCUCAAGUCGAGGCGUACAACAGGCUCUCGCCCUCAUUCAGGACCUACCUCGAGACGCUCUUGGUCGUCCAUUCCGGCCAGGAUCAAGCGGACAAUGCCCGUCGAGGUGGCGGUGUCAUCAAGCGCGAGCCGGUCGAGAAUGUCCACCCCCUCGUCCGUCGCCACCCCGUCACUGGCGCCAAGGCUCUGUUUGUCAACAAGGGCUUCUCCAGGCGGAUCGUCGGGCUCAAGCAGGAAGAGUCGGAGGCUAUCCUCAACCUGCUGUACGCGCACAUUGCGCAGGGUCAAGACUUCCAAGUCAGGGCGAGCUGGAAACCCCGCUCGGUCGUUCUUUGGGACAACCGCAUCACCGCCCACAGCGCUACCGGGGACUACACCCCCGAGGCCGACGGCUUCAGGCACGGUGCCCGUAUCACCCCUCAGGCUGAGAAGCCCUUCUUAUAG